CCGUCCGCUUAGCCCAAAGCUAAAAAUCAGCUUAGCUCAAGCCUAUUAAGCAAUCAACCAGACUAAAGAGUUUCAAAGCUUAAUUUGAAAGAAUGAUGAAGGACGGAUCAUCAGUUGAAGAUGGCCAAUCGCCAAAGGCCGACGCCCCUGACCACAAGGUGAACCGAGGCCUCUCAAUAGCUGACUUGGUCAUGCGUGCGUUCGCGGCGCUUGGGACGCUAGCAAGCGGAGUAACCAUGGGAACGACCAACCAGACUCUCCCGUUUUUCACCCAGUUCAUGCAGUUCAGCAGAGCAACGUACAAUGAUCUUCCAACGUUCACGUUCUUCGUGAUUGCAAACGGCAUCGUGUGUGCCUAUCUGGUUCUUUCUCUCCUGCUGUCCAUCUUUCAUGUUAUAAGAAGUGCAGCUGUUAUCACCAGGGUCGUCUUGAUCGUCUUCGACACGGUCAUGAUGGCUCUCCUGAUGGCUGGGGCUUCGGCGGCAGCAGCCAUUGUGUACCUGGCGCACAAGGGCAACACAAAGGUCAACUGGUUCGCAAUCUGCCAGCAGUACGACUCCUUCUGCGGGCGGAUCUCGGGCUCCUUGGUGGGCUCCUACUUCGCCACCAUCGGCCUCAUCAUGCUAAUCAUCCUCUCUGCCGUAGCAAUAUCUCGAAGCUGAAAGCAUUUCCUGCACGCAACUCCGUGCCCCUGAAUUUUCCAUUACUUAAGUUCGUUUCAGUUUUGUUUGUCCCCUGAAAUUAAUUUGGUUUGUUUAGUUCAUGAGUUUUACAGUGUCCAUAAGCCGUGUUCGAUCUGAUCAUGUACUUAUCGUGUAGGACUGUUUGUACCAUGAAAAUUCUUCGUUUA